GCCACCCAGUGGACCCUGCUGGAAAAGCAUUUCACCUGUACCAGAAAUGAUCUUGAAAACAGACGCCACGACGGGCUCAACAGGAGGAAAGUUUGACAACAGUUUCUCACUCUGUCUUUAGGUUUCACCGUCAGUGUAGAGCUUGUUACGGAUCAUUUAGCUCAUAAAUCAAACCGGAGUGUGGCAAUGCGUCCGCCUCUCUUCUUCGAUUGUUCUCGUGUCGACGUACAUUUCGACAGUAUCAGGAAGUCCGGUGAUUGUUGAGACAGAAACUUGAAUGAACAGUAGGCAGAGCAACUUUAGACGACACAUAAUGAAAAGGCAAAUCUUUUAACGCGUUUAACUAAGUUAUUAGUGCCGUGUAUUUUAAUAUAACUAUCUUAUUAACGCGCACCAGUCCACAUUCUUCACCCGGAACACCUGGAGUCUCAGUUUGAGGGUGAGGGGAUGGAUGUUCCUCAUCUCACUGAAGAUGAAAUGGCAGAGAUUAAAAAAGACGUGCUGAUCAGGCUGCGGCACUACCUCUGCGACAAAAUCCGUGCUGAACGCCACCUGGACUACCUGCGUGCCUGCAGGAUCCUGGCACGAGAUGAUGCAGAGGAAAUCAGCUGCAGGACUACGCAGACCAAGAGGACGGCCAUGUUGUUGGACAUACUUGCCGAGCAUCCUCGUGGCCUGGACGCAUUGACUGACUCCAUUAGGGAGAUGCGUUCACAAAACUUCAUCAUUGCCAAAAUAACAGAUGAGGUGCAAAAGGCCAAAAAUGAGAAGAUUGAGUCCCUCAGAGUGAAAGCUUCUAGUUCCUCAUCAGACAGCAGCCUUAGCAUCAGAACCAGCGACCUCCCUUCGUCGUUUUCAACCAACUCUACCAUGCUGUUCCACCCUGACGGAGAAGGAAGCUGCUCAACUUCAGAUGUAGCCGCCUCACUAAAUCUGCCGUCAGUACAGAAAAGCUGCGACGUGUCCACGGGAGAUUGUCCAAGCAUCGCCAUAGCUUCCUCCACCACCUCCUCCAGCCUCCCGAGACCCGGGGACCCCGGGGCCCCUCCUGUACCAGACGACGUGAUGGUCGAAUCCCCUUCUAACAUCGAUGCUGCAGCACUUGGAUGCACCAGCACCGGAGGGGACCCAAACUUUCAGCCCCUGCGGUCACGCUCACUCACUCCAAUAUCAGACAGGAGCCCCUUUUAAUUCUACAUCUCAAUAGGACAGUUCACAUGCAGUCCCUUGUAAACAAGCACUAUCUACUCAACUAAAGCCUCUACCAUUGUUGUCUCUCACUGUGUCCCACAGUGCUUUCUAUAAACAAACAAAAGGUGCUGCACAUGGUGCACUACUGCUAUUCAAGCUGAAACAAUCAAUCAAUGAAAUGAUUAUUUGAUGGAUGGAAAAAAGUGCAAACUAUUUUUUUAAUUGAUUUAUUGUUUCAGUAACUUUCAAGCAAAAUAUUUGCUGCUGCAGUUUCUUAAAUGUGAGGAUUAGCUGCUUGUCUUUGUUCUUCAUGAUAGUAUAUGAGAAGUCUUGUUUUUUUUUACUGCUGGUCAGACAGAAGACCAAUUCACAUUUUUUUCACAGACCAAACUUCAAUCAUCAAACCAUGAAAAUGAUCAUUAGAUGCAACAUAAUAAAACAGCUUUUUAUAAUGUUUUAUCAUAAAAGUCUGUUGCCAAUGUGUAGCCUUAGAUUUCGGUUGAAGCCAAAUGUAUUUCUCAGCAGAUGUACAUGUAAAACCUUUUUAAAAACAAAAUAAGAUAUAUUUCACAAAUGUCAAAUGCAGAAAAAUGAAGUCAGGUGUGCAAGAGCGUUGUCUAUUUAUCUUGAAGUCACACUAGCAAAAUUAUUUUAAAGAGAAACUAAAAGGAAGAGCACAACACACAGUGCCUGCUUUGGGUACUUAACUCUUUUCAAUACACAUUUUUCAAACACAUUGAUCUAUAUUUAUAAAAGCAUUGCGUUUUUUUGUUGUUGUGCAGUUCUCACUCAUCUACUCUUACCUUUUCCUCUCUUCUUCUCUUUAUCUAUGGUGUGAUUUCUCGAUGAACUUGCAUGGUGUGAACACAUGGCAGGUACUAUUCAGGUGCUGUGAUAAAGUCUUAUCCACUGGAGUGUCUACUUGAGAUUAUGAUGUGUAGGACGAUGCUACCUUUGUUUGCCUGAGCGACGUAGCUUUAAGCAAUGAGUUCUUGUUCAUGUCUGUGCUGAUUCAAGCGGAAGAAGUUGAUUUGACUUUUUUGUCACUACAGAAUUCUUGAAUAAGAAAACAUAUUGUGAAAUUCAAACUAUACCCUGCUUAUCACUGUAUACACUGGUACACUGGUUAUGUGUUAUACUCAAUCACAUACUAAAGGUUUCUCAACUGGA